GACGAUACGUUAUCUGCAGCCAUGGCGCAUUUCGAAGAAGGCGGGGUUGUGUGGUCUAGGAGCACCAAAAAGGACAAGUGGUGGCCGAGCAUCGCGUUUGCGAGCUGGGACGCUGCAAAAGAAGCAGGCUUCGUCCCUGAUGGGAUUGCGUGGCUGAUCGAGUGCGGACGCAAGGUUGAUGUCACCGACGACGAGGCGCAGCCCAGAGAGGGCGAAGUGUUGAACCUGUACCUCGGCGAGACGCCUGAGUGGGAGUUCAUCGCCCGCGACGAUGAACACCUCUUGCCGUUCAAGCCACACCGCGACAGGCUGUGCAAACAGAGGUUGGGGGCCCAGCUCAAGCACCAGUUCGCGCCCGCUCUCGCCGCGGCCGACUCCAUGACGAGGCAACAGCAGCAGCAACAACAACAGCAGCAGCAGCAGCAGUCGUGUGCCACCCCGGGUACCCCGGUGAGCAAGGCCAGCAUGGCGCACAUGAAUCCCAAGCGGACGGGUGUGCUGCUGGACUUCGGCACUGGCACCUCCUUCGCGAGCUUCGCGGAGCUGUGGAACUACCUCCGGCACAACGGCUGGGCCACCCUCCCCGGCAAGGGCCUAGCCUCGUGGCACUACUUCCCCCCCGGCUCCGACCCCAAGAUGCGUCACCCCGUCCUUCGGCGUGACUUCUUCGACUCGGAGGACGCCGUGAUCGACCACGUCCGCCGGACCGGCCUGGAGAGGCCCGCCCCCGUCGGGACGGUGAUCGGGAGAUCCAGCCCUGGUUCGACCUCACGCUCCGGCAGCAGCAGAGUGUCCGAUGCCCGGCGGUCGCCACCGCCAACGGCGCCGACGCAGGCCGGCCGUGGGAAGCCUGCCAGCGGCAAGAGAAAGCCCUCCUCGCGCAGCGGCGCAGCGGUGGCACCAACGCCUCCGCCUCCCUCGCGCUCUCCUGCGCGUCAAGAAACCACCGCCGCCGCCGCCGCCGCCGCCAUUGCUGCCUCCGCUCCGUCCCCUGCUGCGCCGCCCUCCAAGAGUGCGACUGAUGGCGGCGGCGGCGGCGCGAUCACCGGAAGCACUACCACCAACGGCACCGUGGCGGCAGCGGCGGCGAGGAAUGCAGGGGGCGCCGCUGAUGGGAGUCACGGGGGGGGAGGUGACGGUGCGGCAGAACCCGAUAAUGUUGGCGGUGUCGAGGAGUGGAGCGGGAGCGGCAACAUUAGCUCUGACGAUGACUCCCUGGAGGUAAUGGAUAAAAAAGAAGGGGAGGGCGAGAAGGGGGAGGGUGCAGUCCCGCCCGGCGGCUGCGCGGCCCGACGGGGACGACAGCAGCAGGGCGGCAGGGGCACGGGGCCGAGCGCUGUCGGGGGCAAGCGCAGCCACGGGAAGACGAUGCAGGUCGAGGCCGCUCUGGUCUCGCCUCCGCGCGGGUCGGCGCCGAACCUGACGUGA